UAGAUGUCCUUCAGUUAAACCAGUGAGUAACUGGCGCGCGGCUUCUGUGUUGGGGAGAUCAGCACACAGCCCGAGGUAAGAGCUGCGUAGAGUGAUUCGACGACGAUUCCAACGCGAAGAGACACGUCGCACAAGACCAGGCAGAAUCAAUAGUAAAUCUGUUUCUCACACAGACAGGUACUGAUUUGAGCCAGGUGACUGCAAGGAUACCAGGUUGAAGACAUGUCCUUCACGUCAAACUCCCUGGCAUUGGUCUGCGCAUAUUUGAUGACUGCCCUAAUUGGUCACAUUUUGUGUUUGGAGGGGGCAUGCCUACAGGACGGUAGACCCAAGGCCACGCCCAGCCCGGAACCUCACUUGAAGGAGUGCACAAUCUAUGCCGAGAAUGCCUGUUGUUCAGAGAGUGACAUUCAGGAUCUGGGUCCCACGGCCAAUGAGAAGAGCAACCCCUGGGACAAGUGUGGUAAACUGAGCCCAACAUGUGAGAGCUAUCUGAAGCGCCUGGCCUGUUUCUACCGCUGUUCCCCCGAUGCAGCUCGCUGGCCACACCCUCGCCGCCAGUCCUCCAUGCAGGCAGUCCCCCUGUGCCACAGCUUCUGCCGUGACUGGUAUGAGGCCUGCCGGAUGGACAUGACCUGUGCUCGGAACUGGGCCAGAGACCCUCGAGGACAGAACUGCACUGGGAACUGUGUGCUGUACCAGCAGAUGUACCAGCACGGCCGAGACCUGUGCGAGAGCCUGUGGGGCGACGCCUUCAUGACGGUGGAGGAUGAGGAGGACGAACGGGAAGGGUCAGAGGGCAACAGCCACGGCAGCGGCGGACGCCCCUGCGGGUGCCUGACCCUCAGCCCCUCCGACAGGGAGGUGAUCGCAGCCCUCAGGGCCCUGGAGGAGGACCCGGAGGAGUUAGACACCACCAAGAGCGGCCUGCCUCAGUACCGUGCCCCCUGCCACGCGCACCCCCAGACCAAGCCUGCCGCGCUGCCCCCGCAGGCGCGGAGGGGCGGCGGCAACAUUGUGAUGCGGAAACGCUCCGUGGCGGUGGACGACGUGGAGGGCAGUGGGAGUGGCCUGUAGAGGGACUGACGGAACGGGAUGUCUGAAUCUGUAGCACGAUGCCCUGCAGGUGUUGUUAUGUCCUGCUCCUUUAACAAAACCUUACCUCACACAUCGUACCUGACAUCUGUACUCAUCAUUAGUCAUCGUCACCCGUCAAUCAAAUGUCGCUUCUACACCAUUUAUAGCCUCUCUCAAUGUUGGAUAUUUAAAUGUCAGUCAUGUAUGCUCGUUAUCAACGUUAUGUAGUCUUGCAGCUACAUGAGUAGGCCUACAGAUGUUAAUAGACUAAAUCUUGUGAGGGGCCUGGGGCUGGUGUGAUGCAUAUCAUACUGUAUAGUUCUGUUCACCCAUCAGUAGACUACAGUGGGUCAUUUACAAACUGCAGCUGUGUGUCUUUGGAUGAGAUGUACGUACCAAUAUGGAAGCAUCCAACAUUCUUCUAUUGCUCAAUCCUAAACCCUUUCCAGGCAUACCUGUACUGACCUGUGAACAUGCUUGAUUUAUUUUACUACAGUGAUAUAACGGUCUUCUUGUCAUGAAAUGUGUAGCUAAGAGGUAGUCUUUGGGUGUUUGUGAUAGUGGAGGCGACAGGAUGCUAGUGAAAGUGGAAAUGUGAGGUGGCCUAUGGUGUUAAUGAUAGUGGAGGUAAGACAGGACCUAGGGUGUUAAUGAUAGUGGAGGUAAGACAUGACCUAGGGUGUUAAUGAUAGUGGAGGUAAGACAUGAUCUAGGGUGUUAAUGAUAGUGGAGGUAAGACAUGACCUAGGGUGUUAAUGAUAGUGGAGGUAAGACAUGACCUAGGGUGUUAAUGAUAGUGGAGGUAAGACAUGACCUAGUUGUGAGUGAUAUUGGAGGUAAGACAUGACCUAGGUUGUUAAUGAUAGUGGAGGUAAGACAUGACCUAGGGUGUUAAUGAUAGUGGAGGUAAGACAUGAUCUAGGGUGUUAAUGAUAGUGGAGGUAAGACAGGACCUAUGGUGUUAAUGAUAUUGGAGGUAAGACAUGAUCUAGGGUGUUAGUGAUAGUGGAGGUAAGACAUGAUCUAGGGUGUUAGUGAUAGUGGAGGUAAGAGUGACCUAGGUGUUAAUGCUGGGGAUUCACACAACCAUCAUCAGAUCUAAGUUGCUAACCUGCACUCGUAGCAGUCAGUCAGUAUGGUGUAAAAAUGCUGCAGUAGCAUUGCUUUUACGAAUCACUUUUUUUUCUAUAGCUGGAGGAAGUCUUGAAUUUCAGGAAGAGGAUCUGCUGAUAGGACAGUCUGUAAACACUGCUCUUGCAGCAAAGGCUUUUGUGUUAGUUUGACAAAGCAUCAGCACUCUAUUGAGGCCACGUCAGUCAAAAUGCUGCGAAGUAGAAUUAGACCCAAACUCUACAGAAUGACAACCUACAGAGUCAAGGACCAAAAGGGAAUCUGAAGUGUAAGUGUGACAUGAACACCGGGUUUGGUGUUCUUUUGUUUCUUGACAUCCUCAAUAAAAACUGGAUUUGUAAACCGUU